UUUUUUUACAUUUUUUUAAUUACCAUACCCUGGUUUUAUCAUGACUUCUGUCUGAUUAAAGAUAGCUAUCUAUUUAUGGCUAUUUUUAGUCAACAAUAUUCUUGUGUGGCCAUUCCUUCGAAGUUGACACUCUCAUACUGUCAAUUCCAUGUUUCUUGAUAAAUUGAAGUGCUUGUUCGGCUUAACUAGGGAAGUUUAGAUCCAAAAUCAUGGAAAAUGCCAUUGAAACGACAUCUUCUUUUAGUUUUGAUUCAUCUUCUUAUUUAUCGAAAGGGCCAAGCAGCCACCGCGUACCAUUCCCAGAUGUUCCCGAGCCUGGUGUGAACCUUGAAAACUUGAGCUUAAGCAAGCUUAGUGGUAAUCUGGAAAGGCUAUUACUUGAUGGGGAAUAUGAUUACAGCGAUGCAGAAAUUGUUGUUGAGGGCAUCCCUGUAGGUGUCCAUAGGUGUAUAUUGGCUGCUCGUAGUCAGUUCUUUCAUGAGCUUUUUAUGAAGGUAGAUGGUAAUUCGACAAGUGGAGAUAAACCAAGGUACCUCAUGUCUGAUUUGAUGCCUUAUGGUGGGGUUGGAUAUGAAGCCUUUAAUGUUUUUUUGCAUUAUUUGUAUACCGGAAAGCAUAAGUCGUCUCCGCCAGAAGUGUCACAAUGUGUUUACGGGGCUUGUGCCCAUGAUGCUUGCCGCCCUGCUAUUAAUUAUGCAGUGGAAUUGAUGUAUGCCUCCGCCACUUUUCAGAUGAAAGAGCUUGUGUUGCUUUUUCAGCGGCGUCUCCUGAGUUUUAUCGACAAGGCUCUUGAUGAAGAUGUAAUCCCAAUUGCUAUGGCUGCCUUCCACUGCCAGCUAGACCAGCUUCUCUCUCACUGCAUCGAAAGACUUGUAAGGUCAGAUCUUGAUAGUGUAUGCAUCGACAAGGAGCUCCCUCAUGAAAUUUCAAGCAAGGUUAAAUUACUGCGCAAAAAAUCUCUGGAAGAAGCUGAAAGUAGCGUUGAAGAGGAAGACCCCGUGCGUGAAAAGAGAAUGAGUAGAAUCCACAAGGCUUUGGAGUCAGAUGAUGUUGAACUGGUGCGGCUUCUCUUGAGUGAAUCUAAUUUUACCUUGGAUGAUGCUCAUGCUCUCCAUUACGCUGUUUCCUACUGCGAUCCUAAGGUUGUCAAGGAAGUUCUUGCUUUAGGCUUGGCUGAUCUCAAUCUUAGGAACUCCAGGGGAUAUACAGUACUUCAUGUGGCUGCAAGGCGCAAGGAGUCAUCAAUCCUUGUGGCACUACUAGCUAAGGGUGCCCGUGCAUCAGAAACUACAAUGGAUGGACGAAAUGCAGUUUCAAUCUGGCGUAGUUUGACUAGGCCAAAGGAUUAUAAUGCAAACACCAAACAAGGCCAAGAAUCUAACAAAGACAGGAUAUGCAUUGAAAUCUUGGAGAGAGAGAUGCGCAGGACUUCAAUAUCUGCAAACAUGUCGAUGAUAUCGCCAGAUUUGAACAUGAAGCCGGACGACCUGGAAGAUAGAGUGGCGUUUGCACGGUUGUUUUUUCCUGCUGAGGCCCGGCUAGCUAAGGACAUGGCAAAUGCAGAUUCAACCUCAACGUACACUGGCCUUCCAGCGUCAAAAUCAAAAGGCUCAAGUGGGGACACAAGGGAGGUUGAUUUGAACGAGACAACUUCUGCUCAAGACAAAAGACUCCAGUUGAGACUACAAGAACUGCGUAAAACAGUGGAGAUGGGACGGCGCUAUUUCCCGCAUUGCUCAGAAGUUCUUGACAAGUUUCUGGAUGACGAUGUGCCUGAUGCUCUCUACCUAGAUAAGGGUACUCCUGCAGAGCAGAAAACGAAGAAGAUGCGCUUCCUGGAACUUAAAGAGGAUGUACAGAUGGCAUUUAACAAGGACAUGGAGAAAAAUAGAUCAGUCCUCUCAUCAUCUUCUUCGUUCUCAUCUUCUCCAAAACGUGGUGGAACACGCAAGGCUUGGAGCAAGCGCUAAAACUUGCGUUCGCCAUUGUUUUUUUUCCCCUUCCAAGGAACCCCACGAGACUUCUUUGAGUUUUUUUUUUUUUUAAACGGCGUUCCUCAUCAAUAUCGUUAACAACAAAUUUUCUAGGUUUUCUGUGCAUAGCAGCAUGAACGUUGUAAUAUAUCUCGUAGUGGCUUGAAAAAUCAAUGUAGAAACUUAAGAUCCUUGUGACCAAUAGCUCUUUUAAUUUCUUACUUCAUCUUUUUAACUAACAGGCCAGUUUUGAUGGUUUGUUUCGGAAUCAAAAGGCCCUAGAAAUACAUUUAAAUUC